AAAACUAGCAAGUAAGAAGUAAAACAUACCAUGAAACACAUGAGGCACAAAAUUGCCACUCUACAAUCAUUAAAAACAUUCCCGCACGUUGACUUGCCUAGCAGGCAAGCAUACGUAAACCUACAAGUACUUAUAAAAUUGCGAAUACACCUUAAUUUCCUGCCGGUUACCCAGUAGUGCAGUAAGUGUCCAAGCGCAUACUGCUCCAUACGUUUUUGUAUGUGAGAACUACUUAUUUGAGCUUUAUUAUUUAAUUUAUAAAUCCAACUUACACUACAUUAGAAGCACACAACAUUUUUAAAAUGGAUGGAAUAAAUAUUCGUAAGAGAUUCCUUAAUGAAUUCAGACAGUUGUUUGAACAUACACCACCUGAUAUUGUGGAAACAGAACCAUCAAGACCACAAUUUGUUAUUAAGACAAUACACACCUUCCUCAAGUACGAAGACAACCUUCAUGCACAAAAAUUACUGCAUGAAAUUGAGCAAGUAUUACACAAGAAUGCUGAAGAAGACAAUCUUGAGGCUGUGCCUCUGGCAGUGGUCACUUUGUUGACAACAAAAAAGGAGAAAUUUAUGAACAUGAAUGAUCCAAAAAUUAAACCAUUGUUUGGCACAUGCUCCUUCAAAACUAUACAAGAACUUGUAGAGAAAGCAGGAGAACUGAAAAUGUCACUCUCUGAUGACUGUAUUCAACAUGUAUUCAAGAACAAACUUAAACUCUCUGGACCAUUAUGGGACACAGAUGCCUAUGAAACAAUCAGCCUGUCAGAGUCAGCGAAAGUGUUGGAGCUUUUCCACUUACAGAAAGAGGAUAUUCAUGCAGAAAAAGAUGAAAUGGCAAAAUUACCAAAAUUCUCUAUGAAUUAUGAAGAAGCAAUAGUGGGCAAUGUCAAAGGAAAAGCACUUCUCAUACAGUUUUAUGAGCAGUAUAAAGACACUCUCCAGUUCAAUGCUGAGGAAUUCACAAGCACUAUACAUUCAAUUUUGUCCAGUGAAAAAUCAAGCAAUGAGUUACAGAAUGAACUUGUUGAAGUCUUAGGGUUUGAUGCUUUUGAGCUGAUUAGUUCAUUGCUUGAUAACAGGGACAAAAUUACAAUUGAAGAGAACAAUGAAGUUACACUGCCAGCAGUUGCAGUCGAAAAUAGACGCAAAGUAGUUGUAGGCGAAAAUUCAAGACGUCAAAAUGGUCCAGCUUUCCACAGCCAAAUCACAGUCCAAUCUGAGGAAGAAAAAGCGCUUGCUAAACAAUUUAGGAAAAUCGAAAAGAAAAAUGCACGAUUUGCAGACUAUGAAUAUGAAGAUGGUUACGGUACUGUUGAAGAACGCGAAGAGCGUUUCAUCAAAUCUAUGACACAACUCACGAAAAAGAAUUAUCCGAACGUGUUUGAUGAAUCAACUGAUGUCACAGUCAAAGCUAUGAUAUGCGGACGUCCAGCAAACAUCCCCCAAAAUGCAAUCAGACACACCCGUCCAACCUACGAAGAAGUCACAAUUCCGCCCAAAAAAGCCUCUGAAAUUCCAUUCACGAUUGAAAAAUUAAGCGUAGGCGCCUUGGACAAAAUCGGACAAAUGGUCUUCCAGGAUAUCGAUAGUUUCAACACCAUCCAGACAAAAGUAUACCCAAUUGCCUAUCACACCAAUGAGAAUAUGCUGAUUUGUGCUCCAACUGGAGCGGGAAAAACAAACAUCGCAUUGUUAACGAUCGUUAAUCAGAUAAAGAACUUUAUUAUUAACGAUGUCUUGAGGUUGGACAAAUUUAAAAUAGUUUACAUUUGUCCAAUGAAAGCGCUCGCGGCCGAAAUGACACAGAACUUCGGCAAGAAACUGAUGCCCCUGGGAAUUAAAGUGAAGGAAUGCACCGGCGACAUGCAAUUAACUCGGCGGGAAAUCACAGAGACACAAAUGUUGGUCACGACACCGGAAAAAUGGGAUGUCAUUACACGCAAAGGGUCUUCCGACGCGGAAUUAACAUCAUUACUAAAACUCCUAAUCAUCGACGAAGUGCAUCUUCUAAACAGUGAUCGAGGACCUGUAAUUGAAGCCUUAGUAGCGCGUACACUUCGCCAAGUUGUAAACUCGCAAAACAUGAUUAGAAUUAUAGGAUUAUCUGCCACUUUGCCGAAUUAUAUAGAUGUAUCGCAUUUCCUCCGAGUUAAUCCUGAGGUUGGGUUGUUUUACUUCGACGCACGGUUUAGAUCAGUUCCGUUGUCUCAGACAUUUAUUGGUGUGAAAGCAACUAAACAAAUGCAACAACUCCUUGAUAUUGAUGAGGUUUGUUUCGAUAAAGUGAUCGAAUUUUUAAGAGGUGGACAUCAGGUCAUGGUUUUCGUACACGCGAGAAAUCAAACUACAAAAACUGCUAAUUAUUUAAAAGAAACCGCUCAGCAGCGAGGAGUUUUGAAUUUGUUUGAACCUGACAAGUCUUUUAAGGCCAAAAAAGCGGGUUGGGGUGCAAAAGGUUUAGAAAAUUUCCUACCGUAUGGUCUAGGUGUUCACCACGCAGGAAUGUUACGAAAAGAUCGUAAUGAAGUCGAGCGUUGUUUCCUUGAUGGAGCAAUCAAAGUCCUCUGUUGUACGGCAACCCUUGCCUGGGGUGUGAAUUUACCCGCACAUGGAGUAAUCAUCAAAGGCACAAGACUCUACGACUCAAAAAAGAGCGCAUACGUCGAUCUGGAUGUCUUAGACGUACUGCAGAUUUUCGGUCGCGCUGGAAGACCACAAUUCGAUUCUUCUGGUCAUGGUAUCAUCAUAACCGCCCAAGAUAAAGUUACCUUUUACUUAUCCGCAUUAACAAAUCAAAUCCCAAUCGAGAGUAAAUUAUUAAACGCGCUCACAGACAACCUAAACGCGGAAAUUGUCCUCGGAAGUAUUUCAAGCGUCCAAGAAGCUGUGGAAUGGUUAACAUUCACGUACUUGCAUCGAAGAAUGAAGAUGAAUCCUUUGAAUUAUGGCCUACAGUACGCUGAUUUACAAGAGGACCCGAAUUUGAGGUCGGCCAUGUUGAAUUAUGUGCACACUGCUGCUAAACUUUUGGAUAAAGCGCACAUGAUUCGCUAUGAUUCGAAAACCGGAGACUUGACUUCCACGAAUUUGGGUCGCACGGCUAGUUAUUAUUAUAUUAACUUUGAUACCAUUGAAGUAUUUAAUGAUACGAUGAGUUCAGCGAUGACGGAAGCUGAUAUCGUGGGAAUGAUGUGUUUGGCGACUGAAUUUCAACAAAUACAGGUGCGACAAGAAGAACUUGAAGAUUUGGAUGAUUUACUAGAUAAAUAUUGUGAAUGGAAAGUUCCUGGUGGCGUUGAGAAUGUCCACGGCAAAGUAAACAUUUUAAUGCAGAGUUAUCUUUCGCGAGGAUACAUAAAAUCCUUGUCACUUUCAUCGGACAUGGAAUAUAUCACCCAGUCUGCCGCUCGAAUCGCACGUUCUUUAUUCGACAUCGCCAUCCAUCAAAACAAAGCUAUUCUAGCUGGCCGUUGUCUUCUGGUUGCACAAAUGUUUGAAACACGUUUGUGGCCAUUCGAAACCCCUAUGCGACAAUUCAAACAGUUGGAAGUCACCGUUUUGAACAAUAUCGAAGAAUUCAACGUGCAAAUAUUCGAUAUGAAAGAAAUGGACGAGCGACAAGUCGGAAACAUGAUUAGAAACGUACGACUAGGAUCGAAAGUGAAACAAUGCGCUGAGGCUUUUCCUUACGUGGACAUCGACUCGAAAAUUCAACCGAUUACGCGGGGAGUUAUAAGAGUUAAAUUGUUUAUCAUGCCUAAUUUUAAAUGGAGUGUAACCCACCAUGGUAAAGGAGCUGAGUUGUUUUGGGUGUGGAUUGAAGAUCCUGAUACAGAUCAAAUCUAUCAUACUGAAACUAUUAGUAUAACACAGAGGCUUUGUGUUGCGGGUGAUCCGAUUGAAUUGGUGUUUACUGUUCCUCUGAUUGAGCCAAGACCGAGUCAGUAUUUGGUUAGAGUUAGUAGUGAUAGAUGGAUGUAUGCUGUUUAUACUCAUCCGCUGUCAUUUAUGAAUCUACAACUACCGCAAAGUUUCACCCCACAUACCGACCUGUUAGAACUACAGCCAUUGGAAACAUCAGUGUUAAACAACCCGUUGUACAAACAAUUAUAUCCGUUUAGUCAUUUCAACCCGGUGCAGACACAAAUCUUUCAUUGUUUGUACCAUACUGACAAUAAUAUACUAUUGGGAGCGCCUACAGGAUCAGGCAAAACAAUUGUUGCCGAAAUUUGUAUUCUAAGACUGUUUAACAACAAUCCCAAUCUGAAAGUUGUUUACAUCGCACCUUUGAAGGCGUUGGUCCGUGAACGUGUCGAUGAUUGGAAGAAAAAAUUCAGCGGAGAGUUGAAAAAAAACGUGAUAGAAAUUACGGGAGAUGUUACCCCGAGUGGAUCGACAAUUGCUGCAGCCGAUAUCAUUAUCACCACGCCUGAAAAGUGGGAUGGUAUGAGUCGUGGGUGGCAAACCCGUAACUUCAUCCGAGAUGUAGGUUUGAUGAUCAUUGAUGAAAUUCACUUGUUGGGAGAGGACCGCGGCCCCGUUUUGGAAGUGAUCGUAUCGCGUACAAAUUUUAUUUCUGAUCGCACCGGAAGAAAGAUGCGCAUCGUUGGGUUAUCUACAGCUAUGGCCAAUGCGAGAGACUUAGCUACCUGGUUGGGCAUUUCAGAGAUGGGUUUAUACAAUUUCCGACCUUCAGUUCGCCCUGUUCCACUUGAAGUGCACAUUUCCGGUUUUCCAGGGAAACACUACUGCCCGCGCAUGAUGUCAAUGAACCGUCCGACGUAUCAGGCCAUCAGACAACACGCUCCUGAUUCUCCUACUUUAGUAUUUUGUUCCUCUAGGAAACAAACGCGUCUGACAGCUUUCGACCUCAUCACCUACCUCGUCACUGACACAGACCCUAAACAAUGGUUACAUUGCAAAGACGAAGACAUGGAGAAUAUUCUCACCAGCGUACAGGACCCCGACCUCUGUCAAUUCUUAUCAUUCGGAAUUGGUAUACAUCACGCUGGAUUACAAGAACGCGAUCGGAAGACAGUCGAGGAACUUUUCGUAAAUCAGAAAAUUCAAGUGUUAAUUGCGACGGGAACACUCGCAUGGGGUGUCAACUUCCCAGCGCAUUUGGUCGUCAUCAAAGGAACGGAGUACUUUGACGGCGCAACGAAAAGAUACGUCGACAUGCCGAUUACGGACGUUUUACAAAUGAUGGGACGUGCUGGCCGGCCGCAAUUCGACACGAGCGGAGUGGCAUGUGUAUUCGUGCACGAUAUAAAGAAGAACUUCUACAAGAAAUUCCUCUACGAACCUUUCCCUGUCGAGUCGAACUUAUUGCAAGUGCUGCCCGAUCACAUUAACGCCGAGAUUGCGGCUGAAACAGUCCCGACCAAGUCGAAUUUGAUGGAGUACAUGACAUGGACUUACUUUUUCCGUCGACUAUUGGAGAAUCCCACGUACUACAAUCUUCCCGACGUGGAGCCACAACACGUCAAUCAAUAUCUAUGUGAUUUAGUGGAUUCUGUCCUGGAUGUGCUACAGGAGAGUAAUUGCGUGCAAGUUUCAAGCGAUGAGAAUAACGUCUAUUACGAGUCGACGUUUUUCGGGCAAGUGGCGUCCUUCUACUAUCUCUCGCACAAAACGAUGCUGCAUUUCCAGCAUAGUUUGAAGCCGAACAGCAGCAUGCUGGACUUGAUGACGAUCAUGUGUCGCGCGCAGGAGUACGCGCUGUUUCCGGUGCGGCACAACGAGGAUAAAAUUAACGCCGAUAUCGCCAAGCGGUUAAACUUGAAAUUGCACGGCGAAGCCCUAGAUUCCCCGCACGUCAAGGUUUACAUUUUGCUCUACAUGUAUCUGAGCGAUCUGGAAUUACCCAAUCAGGAGUACAUUGUCGACUGUAAGAGCGUCCUGGAUCAAGCAUUGAGAAUAUUACAGGCUAUGAUCGACAUAACAUCGAAUGCCGGUUGGUUAGCAUCUACGUUAAGAAUUAUCAAUCUGAUGCAAAUGAUGGUGCAAGGACGAUGGAUCAACGAACCCGACCUGCUUAACAUUCCCAAAGUGACCAGCGCGAGUUUACCGAGUUUCCUGCGAGAAAUCCAAACGCAAUUUAAGGAUACAACGAUUGACUGCCUAGCAAAAUUGCGUUUUGCAGCGAUUAGAGACGAACAGCACCUACACAAGGCGUUGAUAAACGUUUACGGGACGCAGGCGGCUGAUGGCAUGAAAAAGUUCGUGCGGAAUUUGCCGUGGGUGGACGUAACGUUCACGAUCCAGGCCGUUGAUGAUGACUCAAGCGCCGCGCAAAAAGAUGAUAUCAUCCUGGCGCCUGGAACCGAGUACAAUGUUCAAGUCGAUUUUUACCGAAAGGGGGACGUGUCCUUAGAGGUGCAGAGCAAAAAGUUCCCGAAACGCAAGGACGAGGGAUGGUUCCUGUGCGUCGGGUUGAAAGAAGAACUCUGCGGUAUUAAACGUGUCAAUAUCAAGCGGAAAGGCAGCUCUAGCGUACGACUUAGAACACCGAAUUAUCAAGGGAAUUUUGUUUAUACACUGUUUUUGAUAUCUGAUUCAUAUUUGGGCCUGGAUCAACAGUACGACAUUCCGGUACAAAUUAAAACCUCCCAAUAAUUAUUAUUAUGAAAGAAAAGUGCAAAACUAUCGAAGAAGUCAAUGUAAUUGUGAUAUUUUCCUAUUGUUAUCAUGAGUAAAUUGUAAACAAGUUGAGUUUAUAUGAA